GUGAUAGCAGGACGCUUGUAGGAUUAAUGGAUUUGUGAGAGGCAGAGCGCAGCCGCACAGGACCAGAACACCUCUGUGGAGACACUGGACCGGAACCUCUAAGUGCAUAGCGCAGACACAGGCAGCAUGUCUGGAGUCCAGGAGCUGCUCAGCCGGGAACUGAGGGUUCUGAUGCGGGGCCAGGACUGCAAGGAAAGGCAACAGAGUGUCCGGAUCUGCAUUGAGCUGCAUGUAGCUACUACACCUAUCCAUAAAAAGGAUCUUGUUGUUCGGUUGACAGAUGACACAGAUCUUUUGUUUUUGUAUAAUCUUAUAAUUUCUGAAGAUGAUUUCCAAAGUCUGAAGCUACAGCAGAGUCUUCUGGUAGACUAUACGGCAUUUCCUCAGAAGUUUAUCGAUUUACUGCAUCAGUGCGUCAAUGAGGAGAGCAAAGAUGCACCUAGGUUCCUUCUCCAGUUGUCUUAUUCAGGCCCGGUCUUGGGUAGUUCCCCUGCACAACUGGACGUGAUCGAGACUAAUUCAUUUAAGCACCUGACACACCUUUCCCUACGCUUCCAGCCAGCAAAUGACGUAGAAGUAAAGACAUACCUAGCAACAUGCUUAAGAUGUAUUAAGGAUGAAAAAUGUGUAUUACAGCAAGCAUUGAAGAAAACAGAAGAAGAUCUGAGCCGGCAGCUAAUCUUUGCUCAGCAGGCUUUGUCAGAUAAAAUGAUUGAACUGGAAAAAUUGAAAACUGACACUUCUCUCAAGAUUUCUGAACUAACCAGCCAGCAUACGACAGAGAGUACAAGUGAAAAAGAAAAAGCUCAGCAGGCAUACGCUCAGCUACUUCAACAGUAUGAGCAACAAAGAAGAGAGUUUGAUUGCUCACUUCAGAAGAGCACACAGCAGAUGCAGAGCCGAGUGAGUGAGUUGGAACAGUCCAACAAAGAACUCCUUGAAAGGAGAUACAAAUCGGAAUCCACUGUCCGAGAGCUCCGUUCAAAGUUCCAGGGCCUGGAAGAGGAAUUACAAAGAGCACAACAAAAGGUGUCGUCUUUGGGUAGAGAGAACACCUCGCUGGAUGCGGAGUGCCAUGAUAAAGAAAAAGAGAUGAAUCGUCUUCAGACUCGCCUUGCUGUGCUGGAGCAGGAGCUGAAAGACAAGGAUCAGAUAGUGCAGAGAAGUAAUGAAAUUCUCUCAGCCACCCAGCAGCAAAAGAUCGGAUUAGAAUCUAGCGGUGAGAAGAAGCAGGCGCAGGUUGAAAGGUUGGAAGCAACAAUCCAGUCCUUAUCUGCAGAGCUUCUCAAGGCAAAUUCUAUUAUUAAGAAACUUCAAGGGGACCUGAAGACGUUAAUAAGCAAGCUAAAGCUAAAGAAUGCUGUGACUGUGCAGCAGGAAAAACAUUUGUCUGAGAAGGAGAAGCUGAUUCAGGAAAGGGAGAAUAACAUAGUUGAUGUGCAGCAUAGUCUUCAUGUAAAAGAAGAAGAGGUAGAAAAGUUGCAUGAAAGACUUCAGGAAACAGAACAAAAGUUAGAGGAGAGCAAAGAACUGCUUAAAACAAAUGAGAACGUCAUUUCUUGGUUGAAUAAGCAGCUGAAUGAGACUCAUUCUGUGGGCUUGAAUCCGAGCAACGCCCCCUUCCGGGCCACAGUGUCACCCAACCAAAUGCCAGACAACAGAAUACCUGGUCACCACAACACUCGCAUAAACUACCCCCUCCCUUCUUACCCAGUGAUACCCAUUGUUCCAGCUCCUGUAUCUUCCCACCAAACGUCUCUGGACAUGAGGUGCCCUAGCAUGAGGGUUCAUUACAACAAUCCACUCACUAAAAUAAAUCCACCACAAAGCCUUUCUGGGUCAACUCAAAGUGCCAACAAAGAAAAUGGAGAAUCGGCAGGCCUGGAUUUAAAAUAUUUAAAGAAAAGAGAAGUGGGCCUCCCUUUGCAUGGCCUUAACCAGAACACUGCUCCAGAGCCACAGAAAGCUUUGCGUACCGUGACACAUGUGAAGACGGGUCCUCCUAUUCAGUCCGCUUACUUUCCUGGACAAGUAUCUUCUUUGUGA